UCCCAUUGACGUCAGAGCGAGCCGCACAUGACCGAGGGGACCAAUCCGAAGAGUCCUCGGAGCUGCUCCCGCAACAAUCUUUCAGCGGAGCUUUUUUGCCUUCUUCCUACAGCUAGCAGAGGAAGCGGCUGACACACGCCUUUUUUCCCCUCUCUCUCUUUCUCUUCCCCCCUCCCUCUUUUUCUCUUUUUCCCACACCACCUCCACUCACACGCGCUCAUCUAUCUUCCUUUCCCUCUCCCUGCCUGGUACACGCACCCGCAGCCCCCGGUCCAGACGUGCACCGCAGCCACCGAGAGAGAAGGGGACGCCAAGCUGGAAACGGAUCUUUCUUUCUUUUCCUUUUUAUUGUUCUACCCAACAAAGAGGAUCCCCACCUCCUUUAAACAAAAAAAAUAUGAAGACUACCUUUUGUCUCCUGCUUCCUGCGGCUGGAUCUGGCUUGCCUUCCAAUAUGGAUUUAGUCCUUUGAAAGAAAGAGGGGGGGGAACCCAAACCAACCAUCAAACCUUCCCAAACGCACCAUAUCCAGGAGAGAGGGCGAAAAAAAUCAGGACGGGAGAAAGGGGGGAAAAGCGGUUGAAGUUUCAAACAAGGAUUUUUUAAUAUAUAUAUAUAUUCGCUUCCUCUUUGUGCAUGAGUGUGCGCGCGCGUUUGCAAAAAUUUUUUAUAAGCAACGAGACAAUUUUAUUCCUUUCCCCUGUUUUUUAGCCCUUUUCGGUCUCCCCCCCCCCCCCAAAAAAAACCCGGUUUGUAUGUGCGUGUCUUUUGAUACCUUUUUUUUAACUCUCCAAGGUGAUCUGGGCCGAGGACUGUGACCCCCCUCCCCGCCGAAGCCCUGCGAGGUGGGCUGCAGGAGAGGGGCUGGUGCUGGUAGGGGUUGGGGGGAGGCCCCGGGACGAGCCUAUUGCUGCUGCCAUGGACGUGAACGGCAGCUGCGGCGGGGGAAGCGAGCACCGGCAGCUCGACGAGAGCAAGGCGCUGCUGGCCGAAAUGUCGGCGACGGAAGGGACGAAAAUGGGGGCCGCGCUGUGCCGGCGGGGAGUCCACUGCAAUGGCAUGAGGUACAAACUGCUGCAAGAGGGGGACAUCCAGGUGUGCGUCGUCAGGCACCCCCGGACAUUUCUCAGCAAGAUCCUGACCUCCAAAUUUCUCAGGAGGUGGGAGCCUCACCAUUUGACCCUGGCCGACAACAGCCUGGCGUCAGCCACGCCAACCGGGUACAUGGAAAACUCGAUUUCUUACAGCUCGAUUGAAGACGUGCAGUUGCUCUCUUGGGAAAAUGCCCCAAAGUAUUGUUUACAGCUCACGAUCCCUGGGGGAACCGUCUUGCUCCAGGCUGCAAACAGUUACCUGAGGGACCAGUGGUUUCAUUCCUUACAGUGGAAGAAAAAGAUCUACAAGUAUAAGAAGGUGCUGAGUAACCCAAGCCGCUUGGAGGUUGUACUGAAAGAGAUUCGAACUUUGGUGGACAUGGCGCUAACGUCUCCUUUGCAGGAUGAAUCCAUCCAUCAGGCUCCGCUGGAGAUUGUCUCCAGGCUGCUCUCAGAAAAUACCAAUUUAACCGCUCAAGAGCAUGAAAACAUUAUCGUGGCAAUUGCUCCUUUGCUGGAAAAUAACCAUCCACCUCCAGACUUAUGUGAAUUUUUUUGCAAGCAUUGCAGAGAACGCCCGCGGUCCAUGGUGGUCAUAGAGGUCUUCACUCCAGUUGUGCAAAGAAUCCUCAAACACAACAUGGAUUUUGGAAAGUGCCCUCGGUUGAGGCUCUUCACUCAGGAGUACAUUCUGGCCUUGAACGAACUCAACGCUGGCAUGGAAGUGGUGAAGAAAUUUAUUCACAGCAUGCACGGUCCUACUGGGCAGUGCCCCCAUCCCAGGGUCCUGCCAAACCUCGUCGCAGUCUGCUUAGCAGCCAUUUAUUCUUGUUAUGAAGAAUUCAUCAACAGCCGGGACAACUCGCCGAGCCUGAAGGAAAUUCGGAACGGCUGCCAGCAGCCCUGCGACCGCAAACCCAACUUGCCCCUCCGUCUCCUCCACACAAGCCCCGACUUGGUGUCCCAAGAGGCCACCUUGACUGAGUCUCGUCUGAAGUCUGUCAUCGUCACGUCCAACGAGGUCCACGUGGAAGUCGAGCGCAACAACACGGCCAACCAGAAGAUGACGGCCAACGUCGGCAACGACAGCGAGCCCAACCUGAUCGACUGCUUGAUGGUCAGCCCCACCUGCAGCACCAUGAGCAUCGAGCUCAGCCCGCAGGCAGAUCGGGUCCUUGGUUGCUACGUGGAGAUACUCAAGAUGCUAUCAAACUACGAUGACUGGAGACCUGCUCUUGCCAGUUUGCUUCAACCCAUCCCAUUCCCCAAAGAGGCUCUUGCACAUGAGAAGUUCACAAAGGAGCUGAAGUACGUCAUUCAAAGAUUUGCAGAAGAUCCAAGACAAGAAGUCCAUUCGUGCUUGCUGAGUGUUCGAGCAGGCAAGGAUGGCUGGUUUCAGCUCUACAGCCCUGGUGGUGUGGCUUGCGAUGAUGACGGGGAGCUGUUUGCCAGCAUGGUCCAUAUUUUAAUGGGCUCUUGUUAUAAGACGAAAAAGUUCCUGCUCUCUCUAGCGGAAAACAAGCUAGGACCUUGUAUGCUGCUUGCUUUGAGAGGCAACCAGACUAUGGUGGAGAUUCUUUGCCUGAUGCUCGAAUACAACAUAAUUGACAACAAAGACACCCAGCUUCAGAUCAUAUCAACUCUCGAGAGCACCGAUGUGGGGAAAAAAAUGUAUGAGCAGCUCUGCGACAGACAGAGGGAGUUAAAAGAACUGCAAAGAAAAGGAGGGCCUACCAGGUUAACACUGCCAUCCAAAUCCACAGAUGCUGACCUUGCCCGGUUGUUAAGCUCGGGCUCCUUUGGAAACCUGGAGAACCUCAGCCUGGCCUUCACCAACGUCACGAGUGCCUGUGCUGAGCAUCUCAUCAAGCUGCCUUCGCUCAAGCAGCUGAACCUGUGGUCAACUCAGUUUGGAGAUGCGGGUUUGCGGCUUCUCUCUGAACACCUCACUAUGCUGCAGGUGCUCAAUUUGUGCGAAACCCCCGUAACGGAUGCCGGAUUGUUGGCACUGAGCUCUAUGAAGAGCCUGUGCAGCUUGAAUAUGAACAGCACCAAACUUUCAGCUGACACCUAUGAGGAUCUCAAGGCUAAAUUGCCCAAUCUGAAGGAAGUGGAUGUGCGUUAUACGGAAGCAUGGUGAAAUCUCCUUCUUGCUGUCUCUUCAGUUUUCAGCAUGGAGAGGGAGAGGAAAGAUUUUUGAAACAAAUAAAAAGCAGAGAAAUAAAACUUUUGGCUUCUACCUAUAGAGAGCUGUGAGUUCAGAGGACUUCGGUUUUAGGAGCUGUGUUUGUGAGGUAGCAAAGUGGCUUUUGCGUGGGGGGAGGGGGGGGCUGAGCCAUGGCCAGAUCCUGUCUCUAAUUUUUUUCAGCUUUGUACUAUGAAAUUCAACAUAAUUUUAAUUGAAAGGGGGGAGGGGUGGGACAGAAAGCCAAGACACUGUAGAUGCAAGAGAAGAUUAGAAGAGAGUGGGGACGGAAAGAAUCUGUGCGGAUUUUCAUUUGCCUUUUGUGUUGUUUUUUUUAAAUGCCAUCUGGAGAGAAAAAAAAUGACUACAAUAUACACCAGUUUUUCUUAGUUUCCACGGAUGGACCUCACACUUUAGGUGCUUUUCCAUCUUUCCAGCUCUUAAGAAAGCGUGGGGGUGGUGGGCUAAGAGAAAUCAGGAGAAGAAACAGAACUGUGUUAUGAUCGGCACCUUUUGUUCUGUCCCCUGCAAUCAUUAUGCAAAGUAAUUUUGUUGUACAUAAGAUUUACAUAAUGCACCUAUUUAAAAAAAUGGUUCACAAAUAACAGGUCUGGGACCUGUCUUUUAUUUAUGAAUUGUUAAUUCUCUUAUCUUUUUUUUUCAUUUUGUUUUGCAUAUAGUACUGUAUAAAGUAAUUUGCCGUCUUACUGUUUGUGUUUGUUUGUUUCCAAAAAAGCCGAGAGCUCUCCUUAAAUAAUUUCCUUUUAAUAAUGCAAACUGUAUUACAUAGUCUCUGUCCCUGCUGCAUUUCUGAUUUACAGAGGCCUCAAAGGGAAGGGAAAAUAUACAUAUAAAUAAAGUAUAGACAAUGAAAAAAGGGGUGGGCAAAUUGGAUAUAGGUUCUGAAUUACCCAAGUUACACACUUCCAGUCAUUCUCAAACUUUCCGGGGGUUAGGAAAUUGUCGGUGGAGAGGAAACCACCUCAGGGUUAGGGAUUUUUUUUUUAAAAUGAAAUGAAAAACUUAAUUUUUCUGUGGAUCUUAAAUUGAGCUUUCAACCUGAUGUGUUAGAUUUCCCUGGAACGGGCCUUGUCAUCUACUGUUUACGUCCAAUAUUUCAAAAGCAAAUUUGCUGCAUUGUGCAAGUUCUCUCCUUUCCUCCUCCUCCUCCCCAUUUUUUUUUGCUCUUUCAGUUAAAUUUGGCAUGUUCUUUUAAGAAGACCGAAUUGCAGUUUCUUUACAGAUCAGUCUCGCUAAGCUCAACCAGAAAGUAUGAUCACUGAGCCUUUCCUGGUCCUCUUCUACUGUAGCUCAGCAAAAUGAUGAAACCUUUUUUUAUGUUGGUUUCUUUUAAUAAAUAUGCCUUUGGGUUUUAUUUUCUCCCACAAUAAGCAUUCUUUGAACAUAGCUUUUUUAAAAACAAGGAAAAAAAUCAAAGUAAAGGUUUUGUUUUGUGUUUUCUUUGAGUUUAGCAGAUGUUUUAUUCAGUUCUUUGACACCUCAGAGAUUUAACAUCCAAGCAAUGUAAUUUUUAUACAUAUAUAUAAAUAUAUAUAUAAAUAUAUAUAUUUAAUCGUAUACAAUGGGAAGCGAAGCUUUUGCUGGUUGACUUUUUUUUUUAAACAAAAAAAGCGUCACUAGGUAGUUUGUUCACACUUUGGUAUCCUUUGUCUCUCGAUUCCUUCUGGGUUUUUUUUUAAAAAAUGGUUCAAGUCUUAAUUCAUAAAGCGUGCCAGAUUAUUAUUAUUUUGUUGUUGUUCAUUUGCUUUUCUGCCUUACAUCCCAAGCUGUAUGAUAAAACUCAGUAAGGGAAGAAAAGAAAAAGGAAAAAAAAGAGAAAA